CUUGAAUUGAAAUUUGUUAAAAAUUAUCUAUGUACAUAUAUACAAAUCUAAAAGUCUCGGCUUUAUCUGAGGUGCGCAAACAGCUGACAAUAAAGCUUAUUAGUGGUGAAUUCGGGCAUGGUGACAUUUCCAAUAUUGCCAGUUUACAAUGGUUUUGAUUGAAUUAUUAAAUAUGGAAAAAUUCGCAAUGUGCGGCCAAUAUUGAAAAGAAAAGGCAAUAAAUUUUUUGUUUUGAUCGCUAAAAACCAUUGUAUAAACCUACUAAUAUAAUAAUAUUUUGAUACAAUUAAUAAUAUAUUGGACAAAACUAUGUAAAUUGUCAAAUGUCAAUUUUUUGCGUAUGGGUUAGUGAAAAACUUAGGAUUGGUUACUUGCAGAUUUAUACAAUGUUGAAAACAUGAUAAAAACUAAGAUAUCACUACAUAAUCUCAAAUAAAAAGACUUCAUGGUUAUCUCUCCUGGUUUAUGUCGAACGUAUGGUAAUAAACACAGUGUCACGUGCUCCUUUUACAACAAGCCAUGGAAAAUAUUACAGCAGCAUUAAAUGAACUCUUGAGGGAAGCAAAUGAGCUAUGUAUAGGAACGGAAGUUGUAAUACUGGAUAAAAUACCAGAACCACUUGUAUUUGCGCGUGAUUUCUACGCUAAAAACCAGCCAGUGGUUAUAAGGAAUGCAGUGAAACAUUGGCCAGCGGUUAAAAAGUGGAACUCUGCUUACCUUGAGCAAGUACUUGGUAAAAAAUUGUUAGAUGUGACAACAACGCCAAAUGGUUACGCGGACGGUUUGGCCAAACAACGUGAAACUGAGUAUUUUGUACUACCGCUUGAAGAAAAGAUGUGCAUGAGCGAUUUCUUGCAAAAACUAGAUAAUCCUACUGGUCCUAUACAUUAUAUUCAGAAACAAAAUUCAAAUUUUAUAACUGAUUUUCCAGAAUUGGCUGAUGAUAUUAAUAUUAAAGACUUGGACUUUGCGGAGCAAUGUUUAAAUAGUCCCCCAUUGGUAAAUUUUUGGAUGGGUGAUAAACGUGCAGUUACAUCAAUGCAUAAAGAUCCAUUUGAUAAUUUAUACUGCGUCAUAUCAGGAUACAAAGACUUUAUUUUACUACCACCGCACCAAGUAGUAAAUAUUCCGCGACAACUUUAUCCCGUAGGAAAGUACCAACGAAAUGAAUCAGGCCAGUUUUAUAUUGAGCCUGUACAAAUGGACAAUAAUGAAAGUCAGCCGUUACGAACAGAGUGGAUAAGUAUUGAUCCCUUAGCACCAGAUUUUUCCAAAUAUCCAAAAUUUGCAAAUAGCCAACCAUUGCAUGUGCGUGUGAACGCCGGUGAUAUCUUGUUUUUACCCAAUUUUUGGUUUCACCAUGUGCAACAAAGUCAUAAAUGCAUAGCAGUGAAUUUUUGGUACGAUAUGGAGUUUGAUAGCCGUUAUUGUUUCUUCCGAAUGCUGGAAAAACUUGUGGAAACCCAAAAUUAUUAGAUAUUAAUUUUCGAUUUUUUUAAAUUUCUCAAACAUACGAAACUGUAUAAUACCAAAAACAUAAAAAUAAAAUAUUAAUUGCAACUAACCUUUUAUCAGUAGGAAUACAUGAAAGUUGUGAAGUUUCUCACUAACUAACACAACUACUUUUAGCACAAGUAAAUAAUGUUUGAAAUAAAAUAGUAUUUUAGAUCCAAA